AUGGCGGCGGGGAGCAGUCGCGGGGACCCCCUAGCCCUGGGACCCGGGCCCGAGCCCGAGCCUAUCCCAGCCGCGGGGCGCUGGGGCGACCAGGAGCCCACGGCGCAGAUACAAUACAAAAUUCUAACAGGACACAGCGAUAAUGUGAGCUCUUGCCAUUUUUGCUCUGAAGACACAAAAAUACUUUCAUGCUCUUACGACAGAACAGUGAAGCUCUGGGAUGUUGCCAAAGGUUUUCCUGUUCGAGUUUUUGAAGAACACACAGCCCCAAUUUCUCAGUGCAACUUGAGUCCUGAUGACAGAAGAGUGGUAACAUCAUCCUAUGAUAACACUGUCAAGGCUUGGGAUAUGGAAACAGGAAAAAUGCUUUGGACAAUAGAACAUGAAGGCAUUGUAACUUCAUGCAAUAUCUCAUGUGAUGGUAAAUAUGUGGUAUCAGGCUCAGACAAAGGUAAUGCCAUAUUUGUUUUUGAUGCAGUAAGUGCAACAGUGGUAGCACAUGUCCAAGGUCAUCACAGAAGUACGAUCACAAGAUGCUGUUUUGAUCCGGAUAACCAAAAAGUGACUUCAGUAUCAUACGAUAAGACCAUAAAGCUAUGGGAUAUGACAACUCGAUCCACCUCAGUCACCAUUAAUGAGGGACACAGCAAUGCUAUCUCAGAUUGCUGCUUUACCUCUGAUGGUCGUUAUUUGUGCACAGCAUCCUGGGACAAAAGCUUAAAAAUAUGGGAUAUAAAGACAGGAGAAUUUCGAUGUCAUGAACCUAUUUCCUUGAACCAAGGACAUGAGGGUUCUGUUAGUUCCUGUGUUUUUAGCCAAGAUGCAUCACUUGUUGUGUCUGGCGGAUAUGACAAAACUAUAGCUAUAUGGCAAACAGAUGCAGGCUAUAAAAAGCUAAGCUUAAAGGGUCAUUGUGACUGGGUGACAGAUGUUGCAAUUAGUGAAAACAAGAAAUGGAUUCUUUCAGCCUCAAAGGAUUCUACUUUGAGAUUGUGGAAUAUUGAGAAGAUGGAUCAUAUACCUUCAGUGAUAGAAAGCAGAGAAGAAAAAGGCUCAAAAAUCACUCAGUGUGAAGAAUGCGAAAAACCCUUCUUAAGCCUGCAGUGUGGUGACUUUGAAAUGAUAUCUAAGUGUGUAUUCUGUCGUCUGUCUUCUCCAGUGACACAUAUUUUGCCAUUGCCACCUUCUAUCUCUCCUGAUUUUUAA